UUCUGGAUCGGCAGUCAAGCGGAAGCCUCGCAACGCGACACACACCUGACUCGAGACUUGCUUCGACUCCACAGACGGCAGAUGCUGCAUCGGCCAAGAGAAGCUUUAACAGAAGUCACAGCAGCGGCAGCAUCAGCAGCAUCAACAAAUAGCUGGUAGCAGCAAAACGAUAACAUGAGGGCAGUCAUAUUAUUGCUGUGCCUUUGUCUCUCUCUUGCUGAGAUAACAGGCGUCGUCGGCAAGAGACUACGGCGGUCGAAGGUGAGGGGGACGCCGCAGAAGGAAAAGUUCGCAGGUGACUUGACAGCUACGAACUCGUCUGCCAGGGCCCUCUGCCUGAGGGGCCUCAUCAACACCUGCCAGGUCCAGGGCGGCGUGUGUGUCAUGAAGGGCAAGUGCGCAAGAUCAGCCAGGAUCCUCCAUGGUAUCGGGUGUCAACCAUGCACCUGUUGCAUCUCAGCUCCACCACCAACUGGAUGCUCACCGAGCCAAGCCUGCAGCGCCAAUUUCGGCGUGUGUUCCUACCAAUGUCUGCCGGGCGCCGCCGCCCUCCCCGGCCUGUGUGGCCGCCCGGACUGCUUCUGCUGCGUGACGGGCUGCCACGACACACAGCCCUGCAUCGCCCUUCACGGAAAAUGCAUCAGUACUCACAACACGUGUGUAGGGACGGUUAAGACCGGCCUGUGUCAGGGGUCCGGCUGUGUGUGCUGCAUUCCUUCCCUUCCUCCUCCCACCUGCGGCCUCGAUGAGAGCUGUAAGCACCACGACGGAGUGUGCAAGUUGGACUGUACAAAUAAUGAGAAAUAUAUUCCUGGCGCCUGCUUAAAGAAAGAUUGCAAGUGCUGUGUUAAAGGCCCGGAGUGCCCUCCGAAGAAAGGCUGCGACCGCAAGAAUGGAGUCUGCAGGAAGUACUGUCAUGAUGACGAGGAGAAACACUACGAGGGCUGCGGCCACAAGGGCUGUGUGUGCUGCGUCCGCAAGCAUUAUCCACCACCCCCUAACAAUGGUUACAAUCCACCACCACAUCAUAAGCCUGAUUACAAGUCUGAGCAAGGCGGCGGUGAUGAGUACAGGCGUCGCGAUGUUGGUGGCGGGAACAGUGGAGAGUGCAGCGCCACGCAGGAGUGUCUGGAGAAGGAGGGAGAGUGCAGGGAGACUUGCAACACUGGGGAGAAGGAGCUUGAAGGCGGUUGCACAGGCGAGGCCGGGUGCAGGUGUUGCUUUACUUAGCAGAUGCCCCCUGUACCCGCUCCUGGCACUGUACCCGCUCUAGUCCUUGAGAACUCUUGAGGGACGAACAUCGUAGCACUCAAGAGUCCUUCAACAGAUAUACAGCAACACUCUUACAGACAGACAAGACGGCCAAGACAACACAACAGGAACAUUGACUGAAAAUCUCUAGCAAAUGCAACAAAAACACGAACCUGGAACAAGGACAAGAGCCUGCAACAAAGACACGAGCCUGCAGCAAACACAACAAGGACACGAACCUGCAACAAAUACAAAAAUGACAUAAUCCUGCACCAAGAACACGAGCCUACAACAAAUACAACAAGGACAUGACCGUACACCAAGGACACGAGCCUACAACAAAUACAACAAGGACAUGACCGUACACCAAGGACACGAGCCUACAACAAAUACAACAAGGACAUGACCGUACACCAAGGACACGAGCCUACAACAAAUACAACAAGGACAUGACCGUACACCAAGGACACGAGCCUACAACAAAUACAACAAGGACACGAUGACAAAUGACUGUAAUUUUCUAAAAAAAAAAAAAAAUUGUGUUAUGGUUAAAGAGUAAGUAGAGAGAUAGAGCUGGGAACGUUAGAAAUGUGGUGUUUAGGAGCGCACACAGACAGUCUUUGUUUUGACGACUGAAUACCCCAAAAGAAGACUUCCCCGGCUGCAGCCACGAUUCAUCAAGUAUUUGUGCGUCCACUUGCGAAACCUUUACAUCUUUGUAAACUGUUUACGAGCUGGGAAAGAUCACAACCCAAGGUUAUUAUUGUUAUACACAACCACAUAGUGCUUUGGAGCUCGUAAGAUCAAAUGUAAACUAAAUAUUACAUGUAAACAAUGUAAAUUAAGCCACCAUAAUUGUUGAAAGAUGUAUAGGUUUCGUAAAUUAUUUGUGUAGAUUAUUGGUGAAUCCUGGGCGUGGGUUUGUGCACCGAAAAGAUCAAUGUGAGAAUAAUAAAUGUACUGUUUCUGGCAUGCAAUAUGUGUUGGUGUUAUUGUCAUAACAUUUGCUUGAGUCACCGCUUAUUAGUUACUAAAAAGAACAGUUUUCUUUGGUUUACUGCCGAAUGACAAAGUUUGUAAAACUUAACAAAUAAAGUUUAACACUAAGUUUAAACAAGUUACAUAGCUACAUGUGAUGCAAGUUCCUAUUUCUUGAAUUUUAAUACUUAAACAAAUAGUCAGUAUCUUUAGAUCAAAGGGAAGCUGUUGGAUACGCUGGUUUUGUAAUAUCUUUUUUUUACGCAAUAAAAAUUUUGUUUUGAA